AUGGAUGAGGGUAUCAAAGCAAUAGAUACGGGAACUUUGCUUUCAAGUCAAUCUUCUAAUAGCAUAUUGGAAGGCGUUCGGAAUGAAAUUCUAUUCUUUUCUAAAACAUAUCCGACAUAUGGAAAGGUUUUACCAGAGCAUUUCGCUAAAGAAAAAAUUGAUCCAAAAUUAGUUACUGAUGAAAACAAGAAUGAUAUUUUCCGCUAUCCAAAUUUGUAUUUCAAUGUUGAUGGAAUUGAUUCAAUUUCUGAUUGCUUUAAUGAACUAUAUAAGCCUCUUUUUGAAGAAGGCAACGUAUCAUUUUCAUCACAUGAAUAUGAUUUGCUUUCAAAGUUUUAUGAUUUGAUUUCAAAAUUCUUGUCAUUUGGAUUUUUGCCAUUGCAGACAAUUGCUGUCGAUAAAGCUGCUAAUGCUAUAUCAUUAACUGACUUAUCAAAUAUCAUUGAAAUAAUGAAAAUACUUGAUCAAGAAGUCCAGAAAUCUUCAUUUUCAUUUUCAAAUUUGCUUAAAAAGUUCCAGAAUGCAUUCAAUGAAAGAAAUAUCAAUACAGAAGAUGAAAGGAAUUGGUACAAUCACAACGAUCCAGAAUUAUCAGAUUUGUUUGAAUUGACUCGAAAGUUGGCAUGGGUUCCGAUAAUUAAUAAUCAAGAAGAAAUAAUCAAUCAAGUCAAGUUAAACAAGCCGUGUUCAUAUGAUAAACUUCAGUCAUAUGUUACAAAUAUCCAUCCCGAUAAUGAAGACAUUAAAUGGUUUGAAAUUUUAAUGGAUUUCUCAUCUGAUAUGAACAAUUACGAAAAUCUUUCCACCAAAGAUCGUUGCAUUUCAAGUUUUUUAGAGUUGUAUAAACGCGAAUAUGAUGUUGGAAAAUUCUUAAAGACAUACGAAAAUUCUUCAAUCAAAUUAAGUGAAGAAGAUUCCAAUAAAAUUCUUCUUGAAAUUUAUGACAAAUACUUAAACCAAAUGUAUUCAGCUGAUAAACAAUUGAUCGAUGUUAAAAAACUAAUUUCCAAGCUCAAUUCUUACACUAACAAGAUAAAGACGAUUAAUAAUGCAUGGAAUAAUUACAUUGUCAAGAACAAUAGUAAGUAUGACAUAAACUUACCAAUAAGAAUUCCAGAGUAUCCUAAAGCAAUUAUUCUUGAUUUCUGUUCCAAGAAAUUCAACAAAAUCUUCAAAGAUAUGAAAGAACUGGCAGAUCAAUUUUCCGACAAUUCACUUUACAAGAAUUUGACUCAAACAGUAAACACAAAAUAUUUAGAUGCUAUUGAUUGCAUUCAAAGUGAAUACAUUGGAGAAGAAUAUGUUGAUAAGUUCCCAGCGCAAGGUUUGUUCUUAAUCAAAAACCCAGAUUUCUUAAAUCUCAUUGAUAAAUCAAAGAAGAAUUUAACAUUUGGUUUGUUCAUGCUUAGAAUUGUAUCUUCUUUCAAUCAAAUCACUUUCGAAUCGGACAAACUCACAACUGAAAUGAAAGCAGUCAUCAAUAAAAAGUUACAGAGUUUGUUGUAUGAAGAAGAAAAUAAGAAAUCAAUCAUUGUUUCAUUAUCAUUGUCAGAUCCGCCAUAUUGUUUCAAGAAAUUCUUCACUUGCUUGUUGCAUGACUCGAUUGUCCAAGCAGCAACAUAUUCGAACGAUUCUGAAUAUGUAAUCAAAAUCAAUAAAUUCUUCAAACAAUAUUUGGAUAAUUGUUUGAAACUAUGCAAGCCUUUGACAGAAGAAAAAUGGAAUGCAUUUAUUCAGAAUCAAUCAUCUCUCCUUUUGAAUCCAGUUGGAUUUUUCAUGAAUUACGCUAAUUCAGAGAUUGAAAAAUUGAAAGAAACAAUAAAACAAAAAGAAUUUAAGAUUCAAAGCUUACUGUCUGAUCUUGAAAAUGCAGUUAUGUAUAAAGAUCCAAUCACAUUUUUGAGAACUCACUAUCCUGCUAUCAACUACUAUGAGAUCUAUUCAAGCUGCAUUUGGUCAAUUUUAGACAAAAUUACAGAGUUCGAUUGGUAUGAAGAUCCAACAGAAAUUACAGAACUUUCUGAUGCCUCUAAGUUAUACGAGUUCUUGAAAGGAUUAGAUGAUAAAGAUCCCGCAGAAUAUGAAACCGAAAUUGCAUUGAUCUAUAUCAAUAAUCAGACAAGUGGCAAUAUCUCGUUCACGAACAAGGACGAUCCAGAAAUUCAAGUUAACUUCAUUUUCAAAGAAAAUUGUCAGACAUUUAUUUAUGUUCCAGAAGUGUUCAUUGACGAAAUUGAAAUUUCAAGUCCAUUUGAAUUACUCAAAGUAAAGGUUUCUAAAAAUACCGAACUAUUGCAAGAAAAAGUCAGUGUUGACGAUAUUAAUUCAAAAUGGAAACAAUUGAAUAAAGAAUUAGCAAAUAAUCCCAAUGAAUUAGAUAAAUAUCUUGGCCCAGAAUCAGAAGUAAUCUUUGAAUAUAAUAAUGAGAAAUACACAGUUGAUGAUUUAAGAGAAUCAUUUGCAUAUAUCCAACCAUAUGUCUGCUAUUUAGAUGAAUUUAAGAAGUAUCUGCUUCCAAAAUUCAGCGCAAAUCCAAAUGAAACACCAAAUAAUGCACUUAAAAUAGUAAAUGAUCUGGAAGGAAUUAUUAAAGAUCAUGAUAACUAUGUAAAUGAACAUCAAUCAAUUAUUUCCCAAAUUGAAACAGUUGAAAAUCCGAAUAAUGAUCUUCUAAAUGAACAAAUAUGUAAACCAAAUCUCGAAAUGAUUGAUACAAGUUCAAUUUCAGUCGAUUUCACAAACGCAAAUGAAUCUGUUUUCAGCAUUGCAGCAAUCAAUGUUCAAGGAGAAACUGUCAUUCCUUCAUUUAGUGCUCUUAAAGCUGAUGUUCCUGGUAUAUUAAGAUGCAUUCAAACAACUCCAAUUCGUAUUCCAAUCUACAUUUUAGGAGAUGUAUCAAAAGUCAAAAUCGAAUUUACUCCAAAAUCAGAAAAUACUCCAAUUCCAACUUAUGAAGUUAAAGAGUCUCAGAUUGAUUUAUUGUUCCCAAUUAAUGGCAUAAUAAAUGACAUCUCUUUCACAGGAACAAUGAAUAUUAACUCAACAAUUGUUACUUACCAAGUUGAUGCACAUUUCAUUGAUUCCGCCAUUUUAAUAGAUUCUCCUGGAAACUCUUUUAUUACUCAAAAUGGAUUUAAAUUUGAAAAAAAUCUUAUCGCAGAAGAUAAUAUCUUAUUCAUACCAACAAUUCCUGGUGUUGACGAUCCAAAGCAAAAGAUACUGAUCCAAAUCAAGUUUCAAGAAUAA